AUUAUUUAUUAUUUAUUAACAGAUAAAUAGGGCUUUUUCAAAACUAAAAAGAUAUAUAUUUUUUAGGAGUGAACAUGGCAAGGGAAAUGCGGUUAUUCAAACUAUGUAAAGGAACAUUUGGUCAUGUGCACAAUUUUCACAUGACAGCUAUUACCAAUGCUGCAGCGGCUGAAGCCCAACCAGCCCCUCGAUUGAAGACUUUUGCAAUCUAUCGCUGGAAUCCUGAUGAACCCAAUAAAAAACCACGCAUGCAGGAGUACUCUGUAGACCUCAAUGCUUGCGGCCCUAUGGUACUGGACGCCCUUAUUAAAAUUAAGAAUGAAGUUGAUCCUACGUUAACUUUUAGGAGGUCAUGUCGUGAAGGAAUUUGUGGAUCUUGCGCAAUGAAUAUAGGUGGAGUAAACACACUAGCCUGUAUUAGUAAAAUCGAUAUCAAGGCUGAAAAAACUACAAAAAUUUAUCCACUACCGCAUAUGUAUGUAGUUAAGGACCUCAUCCCGGAUAUGAAUAAUUUCUAUAAACAGUAUAAAUCUAUAGAACCAUGGUUGCAAUGGCAUGGAGAUGGUCAAAAGAAAUCUGGUGAAGUACAACAAUUGCUGCAGAGUGUAGAAGAUAGGCAGAAACUGGAUGGAUUAUAUGAAUGUAUUUUAUGUGCUUGCUGUUCUACGUUUUGUCCAAGUUACUGGUGGAAUGGGGACAAAUAUUUAGGGCCUGCUGUUCUCAUGCAGGCCUAUCGUUGGAUUAUCGAUUCAAGAGAUGAAGCUACUGCCAAACGUCUAGAUAAAAUGAGAGACCCUUUUUCUGUUUUUAGAUGUCAUACCAUUAUGAAUUGUACUAAAACCUGCCCUAAGGGAUUGAACCCGGGAAAAGCCAUCGCAGAAAUCAAGAAACUAUUGGCAGGUGUGGCAAAAAAAGAGGAACCUGGACUUAAAACAAGUGCUUUACAAAAGUAAUACGAAUAAUUUGGUAGUUAAGAAUAAGAACUAUAAGCUUUUAGGAUAAAACUCUUUAAAACUGUAAUUGUUUCAUUUUUUAUUCAAUUCAGUAUUAUUUUAUGUAUAUUUUAAUGUG